ACCCUCCCCCUUCCCUGUAGUCCUAGAGCCUAUGUGGUCUAGAGGCUGUUGCCCUCUGCCAUGCCUGCUGUUCAGCCAUGAGUUCCAGGCUGAUAAGCUGAAACUUCCGGUGGUUUGAACUUGAGGGAAAGGGAAAGAAGCUGGCCCAUUCCUGUCGGACUUUUGGGGAGAAGGAAGAUGGCCAGAACUUCAUGCGCAUGGCAUACCCUGUGGCUUCUGCAGUGGACACCACUGUUCUUGGGACCUAGUGCUGCUCCUCCAGCCUGGGCCUUGAACCUGGACUCUGUGAAGUUCUCCGUCUAUGCUGGCCCCAAUGGCAGCCACUUUGGCUUCUCAGUGGACUUUCAUAAGGACAACCAUGGGAGUGUAUCCAUCGUGGUGGGCGCCCCCAGGGCCCUAAACGCAAGUCAAGAGGAGACUGGAGGCGUGUUCCUGUGCCCCUGGAAGGCCAAUGGCGGCAAGUGCAACUCGUUGCUCUUCGACCUCAGGGAUGAGACCCGAAACCUAGGCUUCCAAACUUUCCAAACCUUCAAGACUGGGCAAGGACUUGGGGCAUCGGUCAUCAGCUGGAAUGACGUCAUUGUGGCCUGUGCCCCCUGGCAGCACUGGAAUGUCCUGGAAAAGCACGAGGAGGCAGAAAAGACCCCGGUAGGAGGCUGCUUCGUGGCUCAGCUCCAAAGCGGGGGCCGCGCAGAGUACUCGCCCUGUCGCGACAACACCAUGAGCUCCGUUUACGCAGAAAGUUUUCGCGGAGACAAGCGAUACUGUGAAGCAGGCUUCAGCCUGGCAGUGACCCAGGCGGGGGAGCUAGUGCUUGGGGCCCCUGGAGGCUACUUUUUUUUAGGUCUCCUGGCUCGCGUUCCGAUUGCAAAUAUCAUCUCUAGCUACCGCCCGGGUACCCUUUUGUGGCAUGUUCCCAACCAGCGCUUCACCUACGACAACAGCAACCCAGUGUUUUUCGACGGUUACCGGGGAUAUUCGGUAGCCGUGGGCGAGUUCGAUGGGGAUCUGAGCACUACAGAGUACGUAUCCGGUGCCCCCACUUGGAGCUGGACCUUGGGAGCGGUGGAAAUUUUGGACUCCUACUACCAGCCCCUGCAUCGACUGCAUGGAGAACAGAUGGCUUCAUAUUUUGGGCAUUCGGUGGCAGUCACUGACGUCAAUGGGGACGGGAGGCAUGACCUACUGGUGGGGGCUCCAUUGUACAUGGAGAGCAGGGCAGACCGAAAGCUGGCAGAGGUGGGCCGAGUAUAUUUGUUUCUGCAGCCUAAGGGCCCUCAAGCUCUGAGCACACCCACUCUCCUGCUGACUGGCACUCAGCUCUAUGGGAGGUUUGGAUCUGCCAUUGCACCUCUGGGUGACCUCAACCGAGACGGCUAUAAUGAUGUUGCUGUGGCUGCCCCCUAUGGGGGUCCCAGUGGUCAGGGCCAAGUGCUGAUAUUCCUGGGCCAGAGUGAAGGGCUGAGUCCACGUCCCUCCCAGGUCCUGGACAGCCCCUUCGCCACAGGCUCUGGCUUUGGCUUCUCCCUUCGUGGUGCUAUAGACAUUGAUGACAACGGAUACCCAGACCUGAUUGUGGGAGCAUAUGGGGCUAGCAAGGUGGCUGUCUACAGAGCUCAGCCUGUGGUGAUGGUCACUGUCCAUCUGAUGGUUCAAGACUCCCUGAAUCCCACCCUGAAGAACUGUGUCCUGGAACAGACCAAGACACCAGUCAGCUGCUUCAACGUCCAGAUGUGCGUGGGAGCCACGGGACACAACAUUCCUCAGAAGCUGAACCUAAAGGCGGAACUGCAGCUGGACCUACAGAAGCCCCGUCAGGGCCGCCGGGUGCUCCUGCUGGCUUCUCAGCAGGCAAGCCUCACCCUGAGCCUGGACCUGGGCGGAAGAAACAGACCCAUCUGCCACACCACUGAGGCCUUCCUUCGAGAUGAGGCGGACUUCCGGGACAAGCUGAGCCCAAUUGUGCUAAGCCUCAACGUGACGCUGCCCCCAGGAGAGACUGGAGAAGCCCCUGCGGUGGUAUUGCAUGGAGAAACCCAUGUCCAGGAGCAGACGCGGAUCAUCCUGGAUUGUGGGGAAGACGACCUUUGCGUGCCGCAACUCCGGCUUACAGCUACUGCGGGGGACUCCCCACUCCUAAUUGGCGCUGACAAUGUGUUGGAGCUGAAGAUUGAAGCAGCCAAUGAUGGUGAGGGGGCCUAUGAGGCGGAGCUGGCCGUUCACCUGCCUCCAGGUGCCCACUACAUGCGGGCUCUCAGCAACAUUGAGGGCUUUGAGAGGCUCGUCUGCACUCAGAAGAAGGAGAAUGAGUCCAGGGUAGCCCUCUGUGAGCUGGGCAACCCCAUGAAAAAGGACACCCGGAUAGGAAUCACGAUGUUGGUGAGUGUGGAGAACCUAGAGGAAGCUGGAGAGUCCGUAUCCUUCCAGCUGCAGAUCAGGAGCAAGAACAGCCAGAAUCCAAACAGUAAGGCCCUGCUGUUGCCUGUGGCAGUCCAAGCUGAAGCCAUAGUGGAGCUCCGAGGGAAUUCCUUCCCUGCCUCCCUGGUGGUGGCAGCAGAAGAAGGUGACAAGGAGCAGGAUGACUUGGACAGCUGGGUCUCCAGGGUGGAACACACCUAUGAGCUCCACAACAAUGGCCCUGGCACUGUGAAUGGCCUUAGACUCCGCAUCCACCUUCCUGGCCAGUCCCAGCCCUCGGACCUGCUCUACAUCCUGGAUGUGCAGCCGCAGGGGGGCCUCCUUUGCUCCACACAGCCAUCCCCCAAGCUCCUCAAGGUGGACCCGAAGCUACCCACUCCCAGCCCUUCUUCCAUUCGCUCUGUCCAUCACAAUCGGGAGCGCAGACAGGCAUUCCUGCAGGGGCCCAAGCCAGGGCAGCAGGAUCCAGUUCUGGUGAGCUGCGACGGCUUGGCGCCCUGUACCGUGGUGGAGUGUGAGCUGCGGGAGAUGGUGCGCGGGCAGCGGGCCAUGGUCACGGUGCAGGCCAUGCUGGGGCUGUCCAGCCUCCGCCAGAGGCCGCAGGAGCAGUUUGUGCUGCAGUCGCACGCCUGGUUCAACGUCUCCUCCCUACCUUACUCGGUGCCGGUGGUCAGCUUGCCCAGCGGGCAAGCUCUGGUGCAGACACAGCUGCUUCGGGCCUUGGAGGAGAGAGCCAUUCCUGUCUGGUGGGUGCUGGUGGGCGUGCUGGGCGGUCUGCUGCUGCUGACCCUGCUAGUUUUGGCCAUGUGGAAGGCUGGCUUCUUCAAGCGGAAUCGACCGCCUCUGGAGGAAGAUGAAGAGGAAGAAUGACAGCAGAGCAGGGGCGGGGGCCGGUGGGAAGGCUGAGUGCCGGCUUCCUGUUUCUGUUGCCUCUGCUCAGAACUUCCAUGGGGUCUUUCCUUCGCAGCUAACUGGAUGCAUCUCUUUUCCUACUGCCUAAUAAAGAGCCUGACACAGA